ACUAAGGUCCAAAGACUCUUAAACGUAAUUUUAUUCCUGUACAAAGUUGCUCCAACUUGAGGGCGUUGGGACCCUGCGGAACCAAGCGGACCUGCCAACCAACAGGGAACGAGUGACGACGUGCUAACGAGUUAGCAGGGUUAGUCAUCCAAGUAAUUUAAUUAUGCCCAGCAAAAAGAAGAAAUACAACGCAAGAUUCCCCCCGGCAAGGAUUAAGAAGAUUAUGCAGACGGAUGAAGAAAUAGGCAAAGUGGCUGCAGCAGUACCAGUUAUUAUUUCGAGAGCCCUGGAGCUUUUUUUGGAAUCAUUGCUUACAAAGGCCUGUCAAGUCACCCAGUCUAGGAAUGCAAAGACAAUGACAACGUCGCAUCUAAAGCAGUGCAUUGAGCUGGAGCAACAGUUUGAUUUCUUGAAAGACCUGGUGGCAACGGUGCCGGACAUGCAGGGCGAGGGGGAAGAGAACCACACUGAGGGGGGAGGAGAAAAAGUCCCACGCAGGGGGAGAAAACCGGGUUCUGGCCGCAAGAAUGGGGGGGCUGGCUCCAAAGGCAAAGACAAGAAGUUAUCUGGCACAGAGUCGGAACAAGAGGAUGAAUCUGAAGACAGCGAGACAGAUGGGGACGAGGAGGACGGCUCUCAGUCAAGCACAAAUCUGCAGGCUGCAUCUAAGUUCCACAGCUCAAACGCACCCCCCCAGUACACGCACAUGGGCAGCAUGUCUCCCACACAGCCCCAGGGCGGCAUGGCCUUCGCCCCCCACCCAUCCAUGAUAAGUGUCACACCGCCUCCCCCAGCCCCUGAGCCGCACAAAUGCGAGGAUGACGACGACGACGAAGACUAUGACUCUUAGCUCCCCCCUUCCUCCACCACUCUCACGCACACACACUCUUUCAACAUUAUUUUCAAUUUCCUAAGUUGUUCUUGCGGCUGCACUAAGCAGAGGAGGGAAAGACUCUUCAUCGCUGCCCGCUGACAGCAAAGCCCUCGGCACCGUCGCAGGAGACACAAAACUGGUUGUAUAUUACGUGUUUUAAUUUUCUUUUCUUUUUUAACGGUUUUAUUUUAUUGAAGAGGAGAAUCCAACGAGGAUGUUUUUUAACAAGUCAGUUGUUCUAUUUUGACUAUUAAAAAUGGCUGUCGUCACUGUUUUUGCCGUGAGCCCCCGCAGACAGGAUAGGUGUGGUUUGUGUUUCUUUGUAGCUUUUUCAUUUGGCACUUUUCUUUCUUCCUCAAUCUUCUGUAGUAUACAUUAUGAAGUGAACAAGUCACUCAAGGUUGGCCCAAAGAAAAACUUCUAUAAGUGGUAGUUAAAGCCUUAAUAUAGUCUUUGAUGCUCAUGCAAAGGCAACUAGCUGAGAUGAGUUCAGGGAAACAGUUUAAGUAUUAAGAAGGUGAUGCGCACUUGUUGAAGGGAAAAGGAGGUCAUUGUCUCGCCCAUGAAGUGUUAUAUUACCAUGUAAUUAAUUGGCUAUUAAGUACUGCUGUUAAGAUGUGAGCCCUACUUCCCGGCUUUGUCACAACUUGCUAGUCAGUCCAAUUGUCGGGCUGUAACAUAAACAAGGAAGCAGGUGUAUUUUUACUAUAGGUUAGCUAACCACAGCUUUUUUUGAAUUUGUUUCUAUUUUUAAUUCACAUUUUUAUCAAGAAAACUAUAAACCUCCACAGCCAUGAAGCCAACCACAUCAGCAGGUUCAUUAUUCACAUCAUUUUGUUUAUUGUUGUUUUCCAUGCUGUUGGGGCUCAGUUCCUCUGGCAGUUGGACUUUGUAUAUUAUUUUAUAGGACCAUUAAAUUCCCCUGGAUUGCCCAUCAGAAGUAUACUGUGACUCUUGGACCAUAACUUUGUUUUUAAAGUUGUUUGUCUCCUUUGUCCUCUCUCAUUUCUAUUCUGGCCACCCCCUCCAAUUUUGAGUAACUUUACAAUCUCCCCCCCCCCCCCCCCCCCUCUUUUAGAUUGUUUUAAAUGUAUCCAUUGAAAACAGAGAUGGGGCUCCCAUUUAUGUGUCAGUCUCAGUAUGAAAUGUUUCUGAAUAGACAGUUGAAGUUGACACUGUAUUGUAAACUUUUAACAUUCUUUUUAUUUUGUAUGGGUAAAAUAAAGUUCAUAUUUCAAUUAAAAAAAGAAGCAACGCU